CAAAGAGAUCAGUUUCGAUUAGUACUGGAAUGUGAACUGACCGGUCAAGACUGGCUGAGAACUAUUAUAGAAGGAGUUACGAAGUUCGACUUUAGCGGACAAAUCGGACACAGAUCGAAGGAAGGCACGAAGUGGCAGGAAGAGACGCUUCUAAAAUGAGCCUGAUCAGGAUUGGCCUGGGGCUGGUGUUCCUGCUGGCCGCCAUGUCGCAGCUGGUGCAGCCCGUCCAAGGACGCCGGAAGCUGUGCGGCGAAGCCUUGGCCGAGGCCUUGGAUAUGAUUUGUGUUAACGGCUUUAUGCGCCGGAUGAGGCGCAGCGACCGUAAGUAUUCUAGAUCCUUAAAAGCGUUUAUGUCUAUGUAGUCUGGUAGCCACUAACUUCAAAAUAAAGAACCACAGAACCGAAUGCAGGCCUUGAUGCGAAAGCUUCGGGAUUCGGAGACGCGCACGGACACGGAAAAGGACACUCAGGAUGGGGAUGAGCAGCCGCCGGCGAAGGGCAAGGAACGCAAAUUGCGGCGCCACCGGCGUAACAUUGCCCACGAAUGUUGCAAGGAGGGCUGCACCUACGACGACAUCCUUGACUAUUGUGCCUGAGAGGAUGGGCGAAGUUGGAGGAGAAGGAGGUGGACUGGAUGGAGGAUAAGUACAGCAGGAUGGAACAGGAGGAGAGCGGCAAUGGCAAAUGGCAAAUGGCAACGGCAGAGCAAAAGGACAACCUAACCGGAAGGCGUUUAAUUUUCUAAAACUAACACUUAACCCUAAAUAUAAACGUAAUCAUAUUCCCCAAAAAAUUUUUCAUUGUAAAAUUCUUAGUGGAAGCAAAUAAAGUUAUUCACCAAAUAGCAGCAGCAGCAACAAAA